CGAACGGAUAAUAGCUGAGGAUUAAGAUGCUGAGGAUGCUCUUCGCGCUUCAGGACAAUUCUGCACGGAAAUAUUAGUGAAGCACCGGGAAGGUUCAGACGGGAUUCCAUACGUAUGUCAUCGCAUGUAAGCUGUCUUUGACCCACAAAGCCUGAAGAUGAUGUUGCUAUGGAAACUAGUGGUGCUGCAGUCCUUCAUGAGGUGCCUGGCAGUGGACAACAUACCACAGGGUCCCGUGUUCACCAAGCAACCUGGUAGCAUUGUGUUUCCUGUGGACUCCAUGGAGAAAAACCGGGAGGUGGUGUUUAGUUGCGAAGCUCAAGGACAGUCUCCACUUCAUUAUAGGUGGAAACUGAACGGCACCAUAAUUGACCCUACACUGAACCCUCACUAUACUCUCUCUAAUGGAAACCUCCGCAUUAGCCGACUGAACAAAGAACAGGACGCUGGAACCUACCAGUGUUUUGCCUGUAGCUCGUUUGGAACCAUUGUAAGCAGAGAGGCCAGCCUGACUUUUGCAUUGGUCAGACUCUCCCAGGACCACCACAGAGCAGACUUAGAAAACUUCAGGACUCAUCGGAGGAGUGCGGUUUCAGUCAGGGAAGGACAGGGGGUGGUGCUUCUGUGUGGUCCACCCCCUCACUCUGGAGCUUUGACAUUUAGCUGGAUUUUUAACGAGUACCCAUCUUUUGUGAAGCAUGAUUCACGACGGUUCGUGUCCCAGGAGACAGGGAAUCUGUACAUCGCCAAGGUAGAGCCGUCUGAUGUGGGCAACUACACCUGUGUUGUUACUAAUACUGUAACAAAAACCCGUGUUCAUGGCCCUCCAACUCCUCUCAUACUGCGCACUGAUGGUGUUAUGGGGGAGUAUGAACCAAAGAUUGAAGUGCAGUUUCCAGAAGUGGUCCAGGUGGCCAAAGGAUCCACUGUAAAACUUGAGUGCUUUGCUCUGGGCAAUCCUGCUCCAUCCAUAACAUGGAGGCGUGUGGAUGGUGUCCCCUUCUCACGAAAAGUGGACAUUAGGAAGAUCAGCGGCAUUCUGGAGAUCCCAUACUUCCAACAGGAAGAUGCUGGCACCUACGAGUGCAUCGCUGAGAACUCCAAAGGGAGAAAUUCUGUGCAGGGGAAGCUCUCUUUUUAUGCUCCUCCACAACUGAUUGAAAAGCCACAGGACAUGCAAAAAGCUAUUGAUGAAUCUGUAGUGUGGGAGUGUACAGCCACUGGCAAACCCAAACCCUCAUACAGAUGGAUGAAGAACGGAGAGAACUUGGAAUCCACAGAGGAAAGGGUGCAGGUGGUUAACGGCGCUCUGACGUUCAGCCGUUUGGUGCUGUCCGAUGCCGGAAUCUACCAGUGCGUGGCUGGGAACAAAUACGGGGAGGUGUACUCCAAUGCAGAGCUCAGAGUAAUUGCCGUGGCACCAGAUUUUGGAGCAAACCUGCUAAAGAACCACACUCUGGUGAAGGAAGGGGGUGAUGUGUUGAUUGAGUGCAGGCCUAAGAUGUCUCCCAGAGGCUCCAUCUCCUGGAAGAAAGGCAAUGAGGCUCUUAAAGAGAAUAGCAGAAUCACAAAUCUGGAGAGUGGAAGUCUGCGAAUAUCAAACGUCACAAAAUCAGAUGCCGGCCUCUACACAUGUGUGGCACACAACCAGUUUGGAGUAGCGAGCAGCUCGGGGAUGCUGAUGGUGAAAGAAGCGACAAUCAUCACAACACCUCCUGCAACCCUGGAUGUGACCGUAGGCGAGAGCAUCGUUUUGCCCUGUCAGGUGACCCACGACCCCUCUCUGGAGCUCAAGUUCACCUGGUUCUUUAAUGAACAGCUCAUUCAUUUUGGCAGUCACGGAGGAUACUUUGAAAAGGUUGGCGGGCAUUCCUCAGGGGACAUCAUGAUUCGUAACAUUCAGAUGAAGCAUGCGGGGAAGUACACAUGUGCUGUACAGACCAAGGUGGACAGCAGCUCUAUUGCCACAGACCUGAUUGUCAGAGGUCCCCCAGGGCCUCCUGUCAACAUACACGUGGAUGAGAUUUCCGAUUCCACAGCUACUCUCUCCUGGAAGCCUGGUCCUGAUAAUCACAGUCCAAUUACUGCCUACACCAUUCAGGCUAGAACCCCCUUCUCCCUGGGCUGGCAAGCUGUCACCACAGUGCCAGAGGAGGUGGGAGGUCAGCGUCUGACGGCUACAGUAAUUGAGCUUAGCCCUUGGGUUGAGUAUGAGUUCCGAGUGUUGGCAAGCAAUGUGCUGGGCACAGGUGAGCCCAGCAAACCCUCCAAGCAAGUGAGGACCAAGGAAACCAUCCCAAAGGUCACUCCAGCUAAUGUUAGUGGAGGAGGUGGAAGUAGAUCAGAAUUAGUCAUCACUUGGGAGCCUGUUCCUGAGGAACUCCAGAAUGGCCCAGGAUUUGGGUAUGUGGUAGCAUUUCGCCCUUAUGGCGCCACUGGUUGGAUGCAGGCUGCUGUGCCUGUAGCGGAGGCCUCAAGAUAUGUCUUCAAGAAUGAAAGCAUCCAGCCAUUCUCCAAGUUCCAAGUCAAAGUGGGUGUCUACAACAACAAGGGAGAAGGGCCUUUUGGGCCAGUAGUCACCAUUUAUUCAGCUGAAGAAGAACCUGGCAGAGCACCUACAAGGGUAAGAGCUCAGAGCCUGUCAGCAUCAGAAGUGGAGGUGACGUGGAAAACCCUUCCUUGGAGCACAAGCAAGAAACGUGUUCUUGGCUUUGAGCUGAGAUAUUGGGAAAAAAUGGUAAAGGAGGACAUGGCUAGUGUGUUAAGGACAGUGGGAAAUCGAACAUCAGCCAUUAUUCAGGGGUUGAAAGGAAGCAGCACAUACUAUAUCACAGUAAGGGCCUACAACACAGCUGGAACUGGGCCAGCAAGCGCACCAGUCAAUGUGACUACCAAGAAGCCUCCUCCGAGCCAGCCACCUGUAAAAGUCAUGUGGAACACAUCCAACUCCAAAAUCAUUGUGAACUGGGAGCAAGUGAAAGCUCUGGAGAAUGAAUCGGAGGUCACAGGGUAUAAGGUUUUGUACAAACAGAACAGGCACAGUCGACCCAGAGUAAUGGAAACGAACACCACAUCAGUGGAGCUGUCUCUGCCUCCAGAUGAGGAAUACAUUAUUCAAAUCAAGCCCUUCGGAGAGGGAGGAGAGGGCAGCAGCAGCAGACAAAUCACUAUUCCCAAAAUAACUGGUCCCAAUGCAGUCGGCUCUGCGUCCAGCGUAUCCACUCUCUCAGCUCUCAGCACAAUAGCGCUGUCCCUCACAGCCAGGACAUCCUUAUGACACAGCGCCACAUGCUGUAGACAAGAAACUCUGUUAGGAAAGAAGACCCUGUGAGAAAAGACUCAACUAUAUCAACUGAAAGAUCGCACGAUCAAACCCGCUUAGUGAAAGAAAAGGUCAGGAGAACAGGUCCUGAACAAGAGCAUACUGGAGUUAUGAAAUGGGUUUGCAGUUCAGCUGGCUGUUGUUAAUAGCGCAUCAGUCACUGAACCUGGAUUUGCCGUUACCAAAGGAGAUCAUAUAACUAGCUUUUCAUCAUUUUAUUAUUUAGUCGAACAAAUGGACCUAAUUCUGGUCAAGCAAGGCUGUGUAGAAAUUGUAAAUGCAUUCCAUUUACAAUGUUUAUAGGUAAAUACAGGAAUUUUUGGUCCUGUGUGGAUUGAAGUGAAAUGUGUUAGCCUUUAGUAAUGCUUCUGAAUAAAGUGAGAUGAAAGUCUUUUGACAUUGUGUUCCAGGAAUGAAAAUACAUGGCCAGGAUAUCUAUUCCUUUUCUCAUCAUGAAUCAUUGCACUAAAUGCAUUUCUGCAGAAGGAUAUAAGAAACUUGAUGAAUGAAUGAUUGAAUAAAUGAAUGAAUGGUAAUUAUGCUGCACAUGAAGGCAGCAUCUUUGAAGGCCAUUGAUUACACAUUAAUGUCUUUUACUUCUUUAUCGAUCAGCAAUUCGCUGUUACGAACAAUGAACAAGCAGAUAUUUGUAUGGCUCUACUGUUAUCUCAUACUUUGCUUCUGUGUUUUGUCUUUUUCUUGCAUUGUGUGUGCCUCAUCUUGUGGUUUUUGAAAUCCUCAGGUCCUCAAAAAGCCUUAACUUAUAUUCAUUAGUACAAUCUCCCAGCAAAUUCCAUGUGUAUGCAGCCAAAUAGCAGAGAAUGCAUUAUGUAGAAGCCUGGGGCUUACAUUUAGGAUUUCCACCUUUGCGUUCUGGGGCCAUCGUUCCCAGUUCAUCACGUCUAUUUUUCUAUUUUGUACCAGUUAUCCAGGGCAAUAUGGCGUAUCAUGUAGAACAGCCACUGAGUGCAUAUAGAUCUAAUAUAAUUAUUUUGCUGCUGACCUUUCUGUUCUCCUUUUAUUUAAUGCCUUGUGAAACUGGUACCUUAUAAUAGCUCGUAAUCUUGUGAGGUGGAGAUUAGUAAAACUGUAGGCUGCUUUAAAGUUGUACAAUUCUUAAACUAGGUAAAAUGUAUAACAUGCUUUUUCAGAACAUGAUAUUUCAGAUCAUUUAUAUUAAAAGGGGAGAAAAACAACUAAAAACUUUCCUAGAAGUCGUUCUUGAGUAUUGUGGAUCGGUGUUGCUUUGCAUGUCGGUGUAUUCUUCUUCAUCUCUGUUCAUUUUGUACUGAUUGGAUGGCUUGUGAUCAUGCAGGAGUGCAGAAAUAGAAAUGUUUUCAGAUGUUUGUGUAUAUAUGUCUGCGCUAACCAUCUCUCUCUCUCUCUCUCUCUCUCUCUCUCUCUCUCUCUCUCUCUGUUGUGCUCUCUAUUACUUUUGAUCAAAGUACUCAUAAUCAUAACUGUAAAACCCUAGAUGAAUUCUUUGCUGCUGUUGGUUUAUACCAGGUCACAGAAUAAAGAUUUUUUUCAAUAACAUUCUCCCUGGUAAUUUGUUGGAGGAGUUUGUAUG